UCUUCACCAGUUUUGUUUGUGAAACUGUCACCAGUUAUGAUUAUGCAAGUGUAGCAGUGUAAGCAGAUAAAUGGGACAGAGGAAAUCUAUAUUUGUAUAAUAUAUGUGACCAUUGUUAUUGUUUGGCCACGUUGUGAGGAAAGACAACUGCAACCAGAGAGGUGCUGAUUUUUACAUUUGUUCAAACAUCUUGUACUUGUUUUUUUACAAGCUCAACUGAUUAAAUACGUUGAUUUGCUAAGCAGAGAGCUCUUGGAGAUCAGCUGUUUUGCACCAGCUAUCCGUCCCAAUACGGAGGCACAAUGCCUACACUGCCCCCUAUGGGUUGAUAUAUUUGGAACAACACACAAUGUGUGUAAUAAACUGGUCUAUGUAAUGUGUAAUUCAGCGGGUUCAUAUGGAUGACCACUUUUUUUUAAAAAACUGAUCAGGUGUGGACGAGAUUAUUUUAUAUUAAAAAAAAAACAAUAUCUCUGCUACGUCGUUUUAAAAAGACCCAGCUACAGGUGGACAAGGCCUAAAAUUCAAACUACCUUGCAAGCGUUAAAAACACGGAUAAAUUACAGAAUAAAUAUACAAACCGCUUGCCAUACAAUUAGUUCUCUGAGCGUUUGUGCAGUUUGUGCUCUGUGGGAACUUUCAGCAGUGGAGCCGCAGCAAGAAGACAAAUGGGAGGAUUGUGGACGGCUUCUGAACGCGUCAUGACACUGAGGGGAUUGGACUGAUUCGGACCUGCGUCCUUCUGCAGAACAGACCCCGCUGUGUGAGUCGGGGGACAGGACUGCCUCUCUGAGCGGAACUCCACCGGAGUUCUGCUUAAGUUCCCGGGCGGAGCAGCUGCCGCCUGCCUGCGAGCCACAUGGACCCUUCCCGCUGCAGAGCAUGCUGCUAGCGCCUGUUCAUACCACCGAACCCGAGCUCCACGCGCCGCUGCUGCCUCCUAGUCAUGCGCACAGACCACCUCCGUUGAAGAUCCGAAUCGGGCUGAAGAUGUUCCUGACCUUCCUCCUCAGCUUCAUCGUUCCUCCGGUAUGGAGCGUUCACAUGUCGUGGGAAAACUGGAGGUCCGCGCUGCGCAACGGAGGAGAUGAGUUCGAACCGCCGAUCUCCCAGCCGCACAUCGUCUUCAUCCUGGUGGAUGAUCAGGGCUUCCGGGAUGUUGGAUACCACGGCUCCGAGAUCAAAACUCCGAACUUGGACCGGCUGGCCGCACAGGGAGUGAAGCUGGAGAAUUACUACGUCCAGCCGCUCUGCAGCCCGUCCCGGAGUCAGCUGAUGACCGGCAGGUAUCAGAUCCACACAGGCUUGCAACAUUCUAUCAUUCGAGCCACCCAGCCCAACUGCCUGCCCUUGGAGAAUAUCACUCUCCCCCAGAAGCUCAAAGAAGCGGGUUACUCCACCCACAUGGUGGGGAAGUGGCACCUGGGCUUUUACAAACGUGGCUGCCUUCCCACCCAACGAGGUUUCGACACUUUCUUCGGAUCCCUGCUCGGAAGCGGCGAUUACUACAGUCACUACAAAUGCGAAGGCCCCGGCAUGUGCGGAUAUGAUCUGUACGAAGGGGAAGAGGCCGCUUGGGAACAGGACCGUGGUUUGUACUCUACUGUGAUGUUCACUCGAAAGGCUGUCAGCAUCUUGGCCAAUCACGAUCCCCACAAGCAACCCUUAUUUCUUUACUUGGCCUACCAGGCGGUUCAUUCCCCGCUACAAGUUCCUGCUCGCUAUCUCGAGCGGUACAAGGGAAUUCCAAACCCACAUCGCCGAAAAUAUGCCGCCAUGGUUUCCUGUCUUGAUGAAGCCAUUCACAACCUGACCUUAGCCCUGAAACACUUUGGUUACUAUGACAACACAGUUAUAGUGUACUCCACAGACAAUGGGGGUCAGCCAUUAGCCGGUGGAAGUAACUGGCCCUUGAGGGGGAGUAAAGCCACCUACUGGGAGGGGGGCAUCAGGGGAGUAGGUUUUGUUCACAGUCCCCUGUUAGUCAAAAAAGGGUCAAAAUGUCUAACUUUGGUCCACAUAACUGACUGGUUUCCUACUCUGGUGACUCUUGGGGGAGGCACCUUAGAUGAAGAUCAAAACCUAGAUGGAUACGACGUCUGGGAAGCUAUUAGUGAAGGUCGUCCAUCACCUCGCCUAGACAUUUUACAUAACAUCGACCCAAUUUACAUUAAAGCCAAGAAUGGCUCUUGGAAGGCGGGAUAUGGAUUGUGGAACACUGCUGUCCAAGCUGCGCUCCGAGUUGGCCACUGGAAGCUACUGACAGGUGUGCCAGGCUACAGCGACUGGGUGCCACCACAGACGUUCUCCAACCAACGACUAACCACUCGCCACCAUAAUGAACGUGUGCGUUGGGACAGGGGUAAAUCCAUCUGGCUGUUCAACAUCACAGCUGAUCCUUAUGAGCGAGUAGACUUGUCUCAGCAAUACCCACACAUAGUAAAGAAGAUGCUGAUGCGGCUGGUGCAGUACAACAAGACCGCUGUGCCAGUGCGCUACCCUGCAAAGGACCUGCGCUCCAACCCGCAGUACAACGGAGGAGUAUGGGGACCUUGGUACAAGGAUGAGAAGCAGGAGCGGAACGAGGAGGAGGAGAGAUAUAAUAACUUGUUAACAAACCAUCUUGGUAAAAGAAGGUGGAAAAAUAAAUCAAGGAAUAUAAAGUUAAAACGCAAAGCAGAACAUUAGCUUAAAGGAUUCAUGAAGAAACCUCAGACUGCCUUUACUCAGGUAUCAACACUUCUUGUUUUAGGACAUUUUAACUCCAGGCAGUCUAAACUGGACUCCAGUAAACAUUACGGUGAGAAAGUGUUUACAGAUUUCUUCUGUUUUAGUUUUUUUUCUGACUUAAAAAUUUCAGAUCAAACAUUUUAAUUCCACACAGAAGUAACUUGAUUAAACAGAAUAGGCAAUUUUCAAAUGAUUAUUUAAUUUCAGAGAAAAAGCAAACCAAACCUGACUGAAGGUAUGUUUCCAUCAAGGUUUUUUUUGUUUUGUUUUUUUUUGCAAUUUGAAGUAUCGCAUUAGAAAAGGUUGAUGGAAAUGCAAAAUUU